AUGACGCCGCUGCAGGUGUUAGGCUCUGACGCUGCCUAUGAAGUUGCGGACUGGUUGCACGGCGGUGACUUUGAAAAGGAAAUUGUUCGCAAAUUGGAUAUGCACAUCAUCCCAAUGGUGACGAUACUGCACUUGCUCGCAUUCCUGGACCGAGUAAAUAUUGGGAAUGCACGUUUGUAUGGAUUAGAGAAGGAUCUCCAUUUGAACGGGAAUAAGUUCCAGGUCUCUGUCUCUGUGGUCUUCGUCACUUAUUUAUUAUUCGAGAUACCCUCGAACUUAGUGCUGAAAAAGUUCACGCCAUCUCGCUACAUCGCAGCCCUUGCUGUCAUAUGGUCCAUCGUCGCAAGCAUGACUGGUUUGGUGCAUACGUAUGGGCAAUUGAUAGCUUGUCGUGUUCUUUUGGGUAUGUUCGAGGCAGGUCUAUUUCCUGGGCUGCUGGUGUAUCUUAUGAUGUUCUACACGAAGCAGCAGCUUGCGCUUCGUAUUGGAUCUCUGUCCGUUUCCGCCGCACUUGCUGGGGCAUGUGGAGGACUUCUUGCAUAUGGGAUCGGGUUUAUGGACGGUAUCAACGGCAUGAGAGGAUGGCGAUGGAUCAUGAUUAUGGAGGGUCUACCCACAUUCUUUGCUGGCGUUCUCGCCUUCUUCGUUCUGGCGGAUCACCCCUCUCGAGCAUGGUAUCUCACUGCGGAAGAAAAAGAGUUUCUCCGUUUGAGGAGGCUGAGAGAGCAAGGUGAAAGUGAGAAUGCACAGAAAUUCCACUGGAGUGAUGUGCGGAAAGGUUUAACCAGCUGGAGGGUAUUGAUGUUUGCCUUGGGCCAGUUUGGCUGUGACACUAUGCUUUAUGGGUAUAGUAUAUUCCUGCCGACGAUCAUUAAGGAGAUUGGGUCCUGGAGCACCCCGACCGUUCAAGCGGGCGCUGUUACAUAUCUCGUUGCCGCACAUUUUUCCGAUAAAACUCACAGACGCGGAGUAUUUGCUGUUGCCUUUGGAAGUAUCUCGGUCAUCGGCUACAUCAUUCUCCUCGCCAGCACUAGCGUUAGUGCAAGAUAUAUUGCUUGCUUCCUUGUGGCCACGGGUUUAUACGUCGUGGUCGGUAUCCCCCUCAGUUGGUUGUCGACCAAUUCGCCGAGAUACGGAAAGCGUGCUGCUGGGAGUGGGCUCCAGUUGACUGUUGGCAAUAGUUCGGGUGUAGUGGUGCCGUUCAUUUAUACACACGGGCCAAGAUUUGUCAAGGGGCAUACCAUCUCACUGGCCAUGGUGAGCAUGAGCACCGCAUUAUACGCCAUCCUUUGGUAUUCAUAUACUAGAGCAAAUGCAACACGAGCACGCGGAGAGGAGGAUUGGAAGUUGGAUGGCAAGACGGACGAAGAAGUCGAAGAGAUGGGUGACGAAUCACCCAGGUUCGUUUAUUGGACGUGA